CUCUCUGUCCCUGUCACUCCAGUAGAACUAAAAUGAAAGGUUUGAAAAAUCACAUGGUGAUUGCAAGCAUGAAGCUUUCUAGCAUAUGGGUCCUAUGCAGAAUUGAAGGUUUCAUUGUGCAACUGCCUAUCAUGGCAAAGAAAAUCUUCCAACCCUGAACCACUAUAAUACUAUCUUCUGAAAUCUACGGAGUGAGCUUCUGUACCUCUGCUGUUAAUAGUUCAAGCUGCAGCUUGCACUGAAAGCUGAUCAGAAUUGUGUUCGUUUUCACUGUAGCUUUUCAAAAUCCUGUAGACAGCAGUAAAACUGAGAAGAAUUACAUCUGUUUACUCUGCUGUUUGAGAAGAGCUGAGCAGCAGCAGCAAGGGCAGGAAUUGGAGCUGUUCACUGAGACGGACUUUUGGGUUUAGGUGAAGGGGGAGAGGUAGAGCAGUGAAGAACCACCCACAUCUCCCAGCAACCAGGAGUCUGGGGGUGGGAAGAAGCAAGGGGGGGAUGAGGAGCAGGAGAAGGAGAAGGUGCUUCUCUUGCAGCAACUGAAAAGGGAAGGCAUUACCUUUAAAUUUGUCUCAUGCUAGCCCAUGGCUUGUACAUAAGACUGUCUCCAGGCAAGGUCCAGGUACAGCACCCUGAUAGGAACACCAUCAGACUCUCACUUUUCCUCACAAUUACGAAGUAUUACUGCAUUACUCAGACACAGGACACUGGUUUCUUCAUAUCGAGAGAAACUGAAAUUAAUCUAACAACACUCGGAAUGGGAAAAGAUUAUUAUUCAAUUUUGGGAAUUGAAAAAGGGGCUUCUGAAGAAGAUAUCAAAAAGGCUUACAGAAAACAAGCCCUUAAAUGGCAUCCGGAUAAGAACAAAUCACCCCACGCGGAGGAAAAAUUCAAAGAGGUUGCAGAAGCCUAUGAAGUGCUGAGUGAUCCCAAAAAGAGAGACAUUUAUGAUCAGUUUGGGGAGGAAGGGUUAAAAGGAGGAGCUGGAGGACCUGAUGGACAGGGUGGCACCUUUCGAUACUCUUUCCAUGGUGACCCACAUGCCACAUUUGCAGCAUUUUUUGGUGGUACAAAUCCUUUUGAGAUCUUCUUUGGGAGAAGAAUGCCUGGUGGCAGAGACACCGAAGACAUGGAAGUGGAUGGAGAUCCUUUUGGAUCCUUCACUAGUUUUAGCAUGAAUGGAUUUCCAAGAGAAAGGAAUACAGUUGGUAGUCAGCCUCGUCGUAAACAAGAUCCCCCGAUUAUCCAUGAACUUAAAGUAUCAUUGGAAGAGAUAUAUCAUGGCUGCACAAAAAGGAUGAGAAUUUCCCGAAAAAGGCUGAACCCAGAUGGUAGAAGUGUCCGAACGGAGGACAAAAUCCUCACCAUUGAGAUCAAGAGAGGGUGGAAAGAAGGCACCAAAAUCACUUUCCCAAAAGAAGGUGAUGAAACACCCAACACUAUCCCAGCCGAUAUUGUUUUUGUCAUUAAAGACAAAAGUCACUCGCUCUUCAAGAGAGAUGGUUCAAAUAUUAUCUAUCCUGUUAAAAUCAGUUUGCGGGAGGCUUUAUGUGGCAGCUCGGUCACCGUGCCAACAAUAGAAGGAAGAACCAUACCUAUGACAAUAAAUGAGGUUGUAAAGCCUGGGAUGAGGAGAAGAAUUAUAGGAUAUGGGUUGCCGUUUCCCAAAAAUCCCGACCAACGUGGUGACUUAAUUAUAGAAUUUGAAGUAAAUUUCCCAGACAAUAUACCUCCAGCAUCAAAAGAAGUACUUAGGAGAAAUCUUCCUGUUUCAUAAAGGAAUGGACUGUGUUAACACUGUUUCAGCAGGACACUGAAAAUGCAGAAGACUGGCAAAUUCAUGCUGUAAAAGUGCAAUCUAUAUCCAUUUGUGGAAUAUUCAUUUUCUUUUCGUGGGGUGGAGGGAGGGAAUACUGUAAUGCUGCAUGAGAAGAGAAUGGUUAAAUACAAGUCACGCGGGUAACUCUUGUAGUAAAACAUACAGGGAAAACCACUCACUGUAUCUUACUUUAGAUCUUCCUAAUCAGAGAGUUUAUUCAGUAUUUUGCUUACAUGUAAGAUGUAAUCAUUUCGCAAAAACUCAAUGCACGUAUUUCUAAUAAAGUACUUGAGCAUCCAAGUACUUUAUUUCAUGUAUCUCUUGAUUAUCUAUGUGAUGCUACCCGCCAAUAUCAGAAAUCAGAAUUCAUAGUAGAAAUAUGCUCAUUUAAUAUCCAGAUAUUUAAGGAGACUAAAGCAUUAACUGACACCAUUUAGAUAUGAAGGCUCACAUGCUACCUUCCAUUUCACAAAGCAAAGGCUAGCUAAAUCUGUUUGUAGAGCUUCUGAACCCACAAAAGAGGUGAGCCUUCUUCCAGCUGCCCAGAUUUUGUGAGGGCUGUACUGAAGCAUUAAGGGAGAACACAUGGCUCUGGAGAAAGGAGUACAGGUAUAGCCACUCUGUGACAUGCUCCCUUCAGAAAUCCACUUGGGGAAUACUACUAAUCGGUGCUAACACCCAUUCCCUAGGAAUGGAUUUCAGUCCAACCAUUGGCAGGACAACAUGGUAUCUUAGCUCCAGAAGGAGCCAUGCUGUCAUGGCUACCCAUGGCUGCCCAUGGAACGGUGUAAAUAAAGGCGCUUGGCUUACACACACAUUUCAAGAUCAUGCAUAACUCAGGACAUCUGUAGAGUUCAAGGGCUGAACCAUAUACCACUUCCAUAAGAGAGAAGGGACAAAGCCCAGCUCGCAGCUAAGGAUUCUGAGGAAACUUUUUGGGCCUGAUCUGAAGCUCAUUUAAGCCAGUGGAAGUCUUUCCGUCAAUUCAGUGAGCUUGGAUAUGUUCCUUUGUGAAUAGAAACAUGAGUUACCUAGCACUUAAGGUGAAAAAACAUAUGUAGGGGAAGGAGAGAGCCUUCAGUAAUUGAGUCUAGUAUCAUAACAUGCUAUAGGGCUGGUUCCCUUGGUUGCAGUAUGGUUUUGGUCAUAUAAUUGCCUUGCAGACUUACUUUCAUAACUUAGGUUUUAAAAACAUGCCACAGUGCUUUAAUAAUGACAUUCGUAAAGGAAGAUUUAUUGUUCUUUAUAAGAAGAUAAUAUUACUCUUAUUUGCAGUCAUUCUUUUACCUGUGGAAAUCUACUAGUUACCUUCUCUGAGUAAUUUAGGUUAUAACAGGGUCUUUAGCAAUGUCAUAGAAAUGAUUUUCUGUAGAAAGGUGGAUUGUGAGAGUUAGGGUUAAUUUAGUUAGCCUUUUUUUUAAUGAGCCCUAGCACAAAAGAAUCCCACUUCAAUUUUUCAAAGCAACACAUUCCUAGAAGAUACUGUCAAUUUUUUAACUACAGUUUCUCUUUCAUACAGUUGACAUAUAUGAUAGUGUAAAUCAUAUUCAUUUGCAGUCCUGAACAAACAGGGAACCUGAACAGUUGGGGGAGUGAGACUAGAAAGGCAAAAAAAGUUUUUAAAUGAAUUGCUACCUACUGCUUAUGCCUAUUGUUAUCGUUAUAUAUUGUGUUUAUGCAUUUAAAAUAUUUCCAGUUUCAGUAUGUUCUGUAUGGCAUUUCUCAUGUGUUUUUUAAUAAACUUGUUUUUAACUUUUU